AUGCACAGCUUGAAAACGGCCUCUGAAACAACUGAAAUGGCAAAGACAGACCCGACGAUGUCUGAGGACGCGCCGAUGCAGGCGAAAGCACAUUCCCUCGAUACAUACUGGGGAAGAGUGCGGUCCUUUCAGCAGCGCAUGAACCCGCUUCUGCUCUUCGCGACAAGAACAGAAAUAGAAAGUGCCAAGGAGGUCGCUGCGCUAGCCGACGCUGGCAAUUGGAGCGCACUGCGCUCCCGGGGGGUUACGGAAGAAAUGCUGCAAUCAAAAGUUCUCCUUCGUGACGCCUCUGUGAACCACAGCAACGGCAACGUGCUGCAUCCCCUCUUUCGGCUUGCGGCUUUUGCCCCUGUCAACAUUCCCAUUUGUGCAGGAAUGCUCCUUACGGCUCCCACAGCUGCGAACAGCGUGUUCUGGCAGUGGGUUAACCAGACAUACAACGCCGCUUUCAACUACGCCAACGGCAAUCGGCUAGACGACGAGAAGCAGAAGGAAGAGAAAAAGACAGACGUCCUCAAGGGCUACAGCGCGGCGGUCUUUGUCUCGGUGGGACUUGCGGUGGGCCUUAAUUGCUGGCUCAAGAAUCUCAAUGCUCGACCAUGGGUGCAAAGAAUCCUGCAGGGAACUAUUCCUUUCACGGCUGUUGCUGGGGCUAACGUGGCGAAUGUAUUUUUAAUGAGAGGUCACGAAUGCAUCUCUGUCCUCACGCAGCUCUCAGUUAUCUAUGGCUGCCUCAACGUGGGGCUUCCCAUGGCUGUCGGCAUAUUUCCCUCUACCGUCAAAAUUGCGGCUUCGGAGUUGGAGCCGCAAUUUCAUGAUCUUAAGGACUCCGACGGGACUCCCGUGACGCAUGUGAUCUUCAACCGUGGAGUAUAA